AUGUCAAUCGAAGUCGACUGGGCAGCCGCAACCUCCGGCCCAGAUGGCGAGGCUCUCGCCGAGCGAAUCCGCUCCUUCGUCCACGACAAGUUCCAAGAGAUAACAUUACCCCGAUUCAUCCGCUCAGUACAAGUGCACUCCUUCGAUUUCGGAACCAUAGGACCAGACCUCGAGAUCAAAGACUUCUGCGAACCCUUCGCAGAUUUCUACGAAGAAGACGAAGACGACUCCGACACCUCAGUCACCUCUUCCGAACUCAUGUCCGAGCUUCACGAGUCCCCAUACGAAGACGACAUGUUCAAUACACCCCACAGCCCUCACAAUUUCAGCCACCAUCCCUACCCCGGCGAAGGAUUCCAGCCUUCAGCACUAAGAUCACCACUGGGCGAUCAUCUCAAUCCACACUUCUUGCCUCGCGCAGGCACGCCUGGGAUUCCCGGUGGGACUUCAACGCUUGGAUAUCAUAUGAGGUCGCUGGGUGGUUUAUCUGGUGCCCAGACACCACUUGCUGCUGUGGCAGGUGGGACACCAUUCGCGAGUGGCUGGUCUGAUUCGGGGAUGGGGGCUCCAAGGCCUCAUCUGCCUUAUGCUGCGCGUCUAGAGCCGGAUCUGGACACUAAUAACUCCACCUCGAGACCGUCGACUGCCAAUACGAUCCCGUCUCAUCCUUCUAUGGCUCAUGGUGGAUCUAAUAAAAAUGACUCUGCCGAGGUCAAGCCUGAAUCUCCGGGCGCCGCUGAGCAGUCAUUUCCUAUUCCACCUCGCAUGCGCGAACGGCGACCUGAGGAUGUCCAGGUACUUUGUCAUGCGAAAUAUGCCGGAGAUGUGCGGAUGUCUUUGACGGCGGAGAUCUUACUCGAUUACCCAAUGCCGAGUUUCGUGGGCCUGCCGUUGAAACUGAACGUGACGGGUAUUACGUUUGACGGGGUAGCUGUUGUGGCGUAUAUACGGAAGCGGGUAAACUUUUGUUUCCUGUCUGCUGAAGAUGCGGACGCUUUGCUUGGCUCGGAGCAGUCGCAGGGUAGUCAGAAUCCGAGCGAGGAUGGGAGGCCGAAAACCGGAGAGCAGAAAGAGAAGGAUCCGAAGCGACAAGGUGGGCUGUUGCAGGAGAUUCGGGUUGAUAGUGAGAUUGGCCGCAAGGAGGACGGGAAGCAGGUGCUGAAGAAUGUUGGGAAGGUGGAGCGUUUUGUUCUCGCUCAGGUUCGCCGCAUCUUUGAAGAGGAACUGGUCUAUCCUAGCUACUGGACGUUCCUGGUUUGA